UCCUGUGACUCCGCGCGGAAUUUUUUUUGGGACGAGAUCUUCUCUCCUCUUUCUCCUCUCUUCCCUUCUGCCCUUCCUUCUUUCCUCCACACGGUGUAAAAGGCACAGCAGCGAGCAGAGCUGGCAGAGCCCGCCGUCCACCUCGCCGCACACACGCGCGCGCACACACGCACAGAGGGGCGCGCGCGCGCACGCACGCACCUCGAUGUCUUCUCAUCGCACGGGCUGUUGAGGAACUGAGCCCGAGAGAGAGAGAGAGAGAGAGAGAGAGAGAGGUGGUGGUGAUUGUUUCACCCCCUCCUUCCUUCUACUUCUCCUUCUUCUCCUUCUUCUCCUACUUCUUCAUCAACAACACCAGCCAUCAUCAUCGUCUUCCUCUUCUUCUCCUCCUCCUCUCCUCCUCUUCUUCUUCUCCCUCUCUUUGCCGGGGAUGGAAGAGCUGACCGCUUUUGUGUCCAAAUCUUUUGAUCAGAAAGUGAAGGAGAAGAAGGAGGCCAUCACGUACCGGGAGGUGCUCGAGGCCGCCGGCUCGGCGCGCCCGCGGGACGCUCUGGCCGCAGACGCGGCGCGCGAGGACGCCGUUGCGAGAGCACGGCUCGGAGGAAGCGCAGGAGGAGGUGGUGGAGCCCGCUCGCCGCCGCCGCGGGACUCGGACAUGACUGGGCCGGACAGGAGGGACUCGUGCAGCCCUAAACUGACGGACGGUGCCACGGAGGUGAAGGAGCGCAGGGAGGAGGCGAAGGCGGCCGAGGACGAGACGCAGACGAAGAUCAAGCAGCGGCGCAGCCGCACCAAUUUCACUCUGGAGCAGCUCAACGAGCUGGAGCGCCUGUUCGACGAGACGCACUACCCGGACGCCUUCAUGCGCGAGGAGCUCAGCCAGAGGCUCGGGUUGUCGGAGGCGCGCGUGCAGGUUUGGUUCCAGAACCGGAGAGCGAAGUGCAGAAAACAGGAGAACCAGCUUCAUAAAGGGGUGCUCAUCGGAGCUGCGAGUCAGUUCGAAGCAUGUCGUGUCGCGCCAUAUGUCAACGUGGGAGCUCUGCGCAUGCCGUUCCAACAGGCGAUGCUAUACUUUCUAAAUGAGCGAAAGCAUACUGCAGAUCAGGAUAGUCAUAGCAACGUGCCGCCCUUCUCCUUUCAGGUGCAGGCGCAGCUGCAGCUGGACAGCGCCGUGGCGCACGCGGCGCACCACCACCUACACUCGCACCUGGCGGCGCACGCGCCCUACAUGAUGUUCCCGGCGCCGCCCUUCGGCCUGCCGCUGGCCACGCUGGCCGCGGAGUCCGCCUCGGCCGCGUCCGUGGCUGCGGCGGCGGCGGCGGCCAAGAACAGCAACAAGAACUCCAGCAUCGCUGACCUGCGCCUGAAGGCCAAGAAGCACGCGGCCGCGCUCGGCCUGUGACCCGCGCGCGCGGCGGGGAUGGGCGGGGCUCGGCCCGGCCUGUGACCCGGGACUGAGGCGGUAGAGCGGUGGAGAGGACGGACGGGAAACGAACCCAGAACCAUCACCACCAUCACUACCACCGCCACUAGGGCGCGAGAGCGAGGACACUGCUUAUGCCUUUGUGACGAAGGAGCGAAGGACGCACGCGGCAGAGUGAAGGAGAGGCUAUUUAUGAGAUAUUAAACAAAAACAAACUGUGAAGUGGACACGAAGGAGAAAGGAGACCAAAACUCUUCAGAACUUUUUUUGUGUGCAUAGUUAUAUAAUAACGUUGGACGUUGGGCUCUCCAGCACGCGCUGUUUUAAUAUGUCGUUAUUAUUAUUAUUAUUAUUAAUUAUUAUUAUUAUUACUAUUAUUAUUGCUACUAUCGUGAUCCUGAAAUUCAAGAGGCUGGCCUCGUUUUAUUCGACACUGAGGAAAAACUGCGGACACUUUGUGCGGAAAAAAACACACCCCUCAAGUAAACCAUAAUAAUAACACAAAGACAAAAUUGCCUCGUGCAGUGCCCUGUGACGUAAGCGGGGGCUCGAGCUCUUCUUUUUUUGUGGUGCAAGUGGAAGUGCGUUGAGACUAAGACUAGAAUUACAACGAAAAAAAAAAGAAAAAUGCUAAUCUUCUGACUGACCCCAUGGCAGGUCAAUAAAGUGUCCACUUUCCAAUUGUUUUUUUUUUUCAGUUGGUUGCAUUAAAGUCCAUGUAUUAAUGUGUAGAAUUUAAAAAAAGAGUAACUAAGUGCUGGAAACUGGUACGGGCACAACAAUGUACAAACUGUUCAUAGAAGAAAAAAAAACGAGAAUUAUUUUUUGUUGUUUUGUUUUUCUUUUUCUCUUCAUUUUUUUUCUCAAGGUGUGUACAAAACAAACAAACAAGCAAACGUGGCUUUCUGUAUGGUGGUGUUUUUUUUUUGUUUUGUUUUUUUAUAAAGAUUGAAGUAUAAAACGUCACCUCCAAUGCAGGCUGGAUGAUCGCCGAACGCGUUUGAACGUUUUUUUUUACAAAAAAAAAAAACAAUAAUAAAAAAAUGAAUCUUUAAUUUCGUCAUUACUGUGAACUCUCACGUGUUCUCCA